AAUUCGCAUGACACGGCAGCAGUUCGCCAGUCGUUUGUCCCUCGCUCGCCGCGGCCGCUGCGCGUGUUUCACUCGUGCCGCGUAUGUGUGCGUUUAUGUGUGCUUGAACAAGACGGAGUCGGUUGCUCGAUCAAACGUAAGCAAUUACAUAUCUGUUAUAUGUACACGCGAUAGGCAGCAUAAAACUAUUCGUCGACGUAGUCGCGCGUAGUUCUUGAAACUAUAUACCAUACGGAGCACAAGCCCCCGCAUGCUGGCUUCGUGCGACUGUGCAUCGAUCAGUGCCUUGUAAAUGCGAAGAACACAAGAAAUAUCGCAAGGACCGCAGCAAGUGAUUCACAGUGAAACAUAUUUCUUUUUUUAUGUUAUAAGUGGCAGUGUGUCGCGUGCGCAGAACCAUGGCCCAAGGCGACGGAAACUGUUUGCAAAAAUUGCGAACCAUGCGAGACGAGGUUAAGUUGGAGGUCGCGAAGGAGCGAAAAGCAUUUCUCGAACAAUUUCACGGCUUGAUAAGCUCGUGGAAGGGAAAACUUCCCAAUCUCCGUGACGUAUUUCGGCCCGAAGAGAUCGAGCUGCUGCUCGCCGAGUCCGUCGAGUUCGACCCGUCGUUCAAGGCGUCCGCGUUCAUCAAGUUUCUCAUCCGGACCGGCUACAAGGACGAGGCCAAAGUCGCCGAUAAAGAUGGCGACAACGUUCGCGUCACGGCGGUGCAUCACGCGGCCCGACGCGGCUUCAUGCACAGAAACUACCUCAUCAACGAUCUCUUCGUAAUAUACGACAGAUUCGACGUGAAUUACAGCGACGAAAACGGAUACACGCAUUUUCAUGUGGCCUGCGAGUCGGGCUGCGACUACGUCGUCAAGAAGUUCCUCGAGCUCGGCCAGGAUCCCGACUGUUGCCUCGCUCGGAACAACAAAUCCAGCAUCGUCAUCGAUCCGCCGCUGCACAUGGCCCUGGUGAACGGAUGCUCCAAAGUGGUCGAGCUGCUGCUGAGACACGGCGCCGAUCCGAAUUUAGCCGUCGGCGACGGCUCGGCGCCUCUGCAUCUCGUCUGCAGGAAGGCCAACCAGGCCUCUGUCUUCGCCAAGAUGCUGCUCGAGAUCGACGACGUGAGGGUCGACGCGCAGGACAAGCUCGGCAACACGCCCUUCCACUUGGCUCUGCGCUACGGCAACAAGAAGCUCUUCGAGCCGCUGCUCAGGAGGAUGAGCGACCCGAAUCUGGCCGACGUCGAGGGACUGACGCCGCUGCACAUCAUUUGCCAGAAAUUCAACAACGACGACCAUCUGAGGUUGUUCUUCAGGAUGAACGACGAUUACGAACGAUCCGUUCGAGUGAACGCUCAGGACAGCUCCGGCAAUACGCCGCUGCACCUGGCUCUGUCCGACGGACGCAUGUCGGUGUCGAAACUGCUGAUGGCGAGAGGCGCCGAUCCGAACGUGGCGAACGGAGACGGCGUGACGCCUCUGCACCUGAUCUGCCAGAAGGACGACAGCGACAGUCUGAUGGAGACGCUGUACGAGAUAUGCGACGAGGCCGAGCGCAAGGUGCAGGCCAACGCCUGGGACAACGCCAACCGGACGCCGCUGCAGUGGGCCGUGGCGAGAUUACUGCCCAAGACGGUGGGUCUGCUGCUGGACCGAGGUGCCGAUCUGUCCUACUUCGAGUUCCCGAGCGAGGCCCAGUUCGACGAGGCCUGGCGGCUCUGGAAAAACCCGCACAGUUACCGAACGAGACUGGCGCAAGCCGCCCUGCUGACCGUCGAGCGACUACAGAGAGAGUACUACAGGCCGGAUCGUAGCGACGCUCUGACGCUCAUGAGGCUGUUGAAGAAGCACGAGAUGUUCAAGAAGCCGUUCAAGCCCGAGGUCGGAAGAUUGUGCCGUAAGUGGGCGUUGGAAUUUUUCUUGACGCUGACCCACUACAGGCUGCCGAUUCUCUGCUGCGACAUUAUACUCGACGACCUCGAGGACGAUGAUAUAUGUAAUUUGUGUCUGGCCGCGACAGGCCUGAACUCUACACAGCGAUUUACGUAGUGUAUUGGAAGUGUUUUUAUACGUGGUGUUAUUAAAUGUUGCAGAUUUUACAUUUUAUUUAAACGAAUAAAUAAAUUGAACGAAAUUUAA